AUGAUGUACGAGUACGACAGCAUGGACGCGGCGAGGAUCAUAGCGUAUUUCAAGGGCAAGAGCAUCCUCAUCACCGGCUCAACUGGCUUUCUUGGGAAGAUUCUUGUGGAGAAGAUACUCCGGGUGCAGCCUGAUGCCAACAAGAUCUACCUUCUUGUACGAGGGACGGACGCGUCAUCUGCAAAGCAACGCGCCCAGGAAGAGGUGAUUGGCACCGAGCUGUUCGGCAAGCUGAGUGAGAAGCACGGCGACGGGUUCCAGCAGUUCAUCCAGGAGAAGAUUGUUGCCUUGCCUGGAGACAUCAUCUACGACAACCUGGGACUGGAUGCUCCUACUCUGGAGGCUCUGGCCAAGGACAUAGACGCCAUUGUCAACAUUGCGGCGACCACCAACUUAUACGAAAGAUAUGAUGUCUCGUUGGACGUGAACGUGAUGGGGGUGAAGCACCUCUGCCACUUCGCUCAGCAGUGCGCCAACCUCAAGAUGCUCAUGCAUGUCUCCACUGCUUAUGUCUGCGGCGACAGGGACGGGCUCCACCUGGAGAAGCCCAUCAAGCCCGGCGAGUCGCUGCUCGAGGGCAAGUACCUCGAUGUCGACGCCGAGCUGCGGCUUGUCAGAGAAGCCAAGAAGGAGCUCAUGGACGUCAGUGACGACGAGCGCAAGAAGACGGAGAGGAAGGCCACGAAGGAGCUGGGCAUCCAGAGGGCUCGCCACUUUGGGUGGUCCAACACGUACAUCUUCACCAAGGCCAUGGGGGAUAGGAGAUGGUCUUGGGGCAGCUCCGGGGGCACGCGCACCAUCGACACGCUCAUCAUCGGCUACGCCAAGCAGAACCUCUCCUGCUUCCUCGGCGACCUCAGCGUGGUCGUGGACCUCAUCCCGGGGGACAUGGUGGCCAACGCCAUGAUGGCGGCCAUGGUGGCGCACUCGGAGGAGAAGGGUGCAGAGGUGGUGCCGGUGUACCAUGUCACCUCGUCGCUGCGCGACCCAGUCACCUACUCCGUUCUUUACGAGUCCGGCCGCCGGCACUUCUACCAGAACCCGCGCGUGGGGAAGGACGGCAAGGUCAUCCCCACCAGGGAGAUGCGCUUCUUCCCCACAAUCACGCAGUUCCACCUCUACAUGAUGCUCACAUUCAAGCUGCCACUAGAGUUUCUGCACUUGGUGAAUCUGCUCCUCGGUGGGCUCUUCGCACGGCUCUACAACGAUCUCAACCGCAAGUACAAGUUUGUCAUGCAUCUUGUUGACGUCUAUGGACGCUUUGCCUUGUUCAACGGAUGCUUUGAUGACAUGAACAUGGAGCGGUUGAGGUUGACGAUGGUGAUGAAGACUCCUGAAGAUCAAAUGUUCAAUUUCGACCCCAAGACCAUCAACUGGGAUGAUUACUUCAUCAAAAUCCACAUCCCUGGUGUUCUCAAGUAUUUGUGCAAGUGA